CAUGGCGGCUCGCGCACGGUUGCCCUUGCAGUCGUUGCUACACAAAAGAUUGUCUCUUUACGUAGGCGAGAGGGUCUUUCAUACCGAGACGGCAGUUAAAGAGCCGGCUUAUCCUCCCGUCCUCCCCUCUCUCACUGCGAAAAGCAAGUCCUCAAAAUCUCAUCGGCUCCAUCUGCAGCAUGAAAGGGUGCGCGCCGCCGACGUGCAGGAGAAGCUGUCGCUCCUCACUCGCAUCCAGAGGAUGAAGUACGUCGUGCGGCCCCAGACGAUCACCCGCGACGCAGAUAAAUGGUACCAGCAUUUCACCAAGACCGCCUACAUCCCCGGUCUGCCCGAUAAAUUUACUAUCACCGACGGGGGGAGCGAGGAUUCGCCAGCCGAGACUCGAAAGACGUCGGCCGGCGUCGGAGAGGAGACCCUCGCCGAAAUCCGCGCCCUCGUUAGCCACGCAAUCCUGCAAGAGAACUGGUACUUGAAGAAGCGCAGGGCCUUCGUCUACAGACGACAGGCGCAUUUAGAGGCCCCCUUUCUGAGAAACUUGGGCUCUGGAGUUACGAACAUAGUAGCCAAGCACAAUCCGGUGUUGCGCCUGUCAAAUCUAGCUGUUGACCCCCAGGUGAAUUUCUAUUGGAUGAGAGGGGAAUGGACCAUCCCAAGGGGACACCGGGCAGGCCGGGUGGAGCCAGUCAGGUUCCAGAUUGAUGACAAACCCCACAGUCAAAUUAGGAUACCUGAACAGCUGCCACAGUUCACUCCGAUGGAGACCUCCUAUGCAGCUGAAGUUCCAGAGUUCAAGUGUACCCCUGACAAGAUGCCGUUGUUCAAAAGACAGUAUGAAAACAAUAUUUUUACAGGAGCCAAGCUGCCGGACCCGGUGUGCUACGGCCACACCCAGUUCCACCUGGUCCCAGACAUGUGCCACAGGACCAAUCUGAUCAAACGCCGACAAGCUGACCAGGUGGAGGUCUUCCUCAGGGCCAAUGGCCUCUGUAGCCUCUUUGCGUGGACGGGGGCUCAGGCCAUGUACCAAGGCUUCUGGAGCCAGGAGGAUGUAACCAGACCGUUUGUUUCUCAGGCUGUGAUCACCGAUGGUCAGUUCUUCUCCUUCUUCUGCUACCAGCUCAACACCCUGGCCCUGUCGCUGGACGUCGAUGCCGACAACCCCAGGAAGAACCUUUUCUGGGGUACCGAGAGUAUGCGCCUGUACGAGGCCGUGCAGGAUGGAGAGGUGGUGGGCUUGGAUGACAGGGUCCUAGAUCUUCUGGUCCAGUUUCUUAUGAACAAGCCGUAGACAUUCAGUCUCCUGACUUUCCUCUGAAAGGUCUUCUUCUCCUGUUGUCUUUGUGUCCUGUCUCUGCACAUCAUGGAGGAAAACCUCCACUGAGACAGUGUCGUUAAAGGCAUUGUGGGAGAGACCUUUUUGGAUUUCAUCCCUGCCGAAAUGGAGGCGUCUGUUGUCUUCACAUGUCAAAAAAAUAACCAACGUAAUGUCUAUAAAAGCGUUAACAUCUGGAAUGAGCCACGUGACCUUAAUUGUUGGAGGACUUGAGGUGCUCAAACUGCACUUGUACGUGUCCCUGCUAUUGUUGUGCAGAUUGUAUUUAUGCCGAGA